UGAGAAGGUGUCUGAGGUUGGUGUCGCUCUCGGGACACGCCAACAACCUCCAGAGCCACCAUGGCUGGGGAAAUGGGUUAUGCUGAUCUAAGACAUCCUGGGAAUGAGCCUUCCCCAGCUGAGAAAUGUCCUGCUCCUGCCCUGUGCCCGUGGUGGCACAGAGUCCUCCUCACAGCCGGGGCGGUGGGGCACCUCGUCCUGCUGGUGCUGGUGUUGCUCCGAAAUGGGAGUGUUUUUCAGGGCUCUCCAGGUCCUGAAAGUGAUACCAGUGUGGAGAUCCAGGCCAGGAACCAGACGGAGCGAUGCAUCUUCCCAUCCCUGGUGCGGUACUUCUGCCAGCCCCAGGGGCAGAGCCCCCCAGCCCCUGCUGUCUGCAAGUUGUGCCCCCAGGACUGGCAGCUCCGUGGGGAGAGAUGCUACUGGCUCUCCAAGGAAUUGGGACACUGGACUCGGGGCAGGAAAAGCUGCAAAGAUCAGGGCUCUGAGCUGGUGGUGCUCAAGAAUGAGACAGAAAUGGAGAACGUCGAGAGUGUCACAGGCAGGUGCCCGUGGUCGGUGUGGGUCGGGUUGAGGUCGCGGCACAAGGAGUGGACGUGGGUGGACAACACCCCCUACGACCCCCACAGGUUUGGGGUCCUGCGGGAGCUGGAUGAAGGGUGUGGGACCCUGAAAGGCAAGAGCUUGGAUGUCGAUAUCUGUGCCAGUGACCACAAGUGGGUUUGCCAAAAAGCCCCUUUCCAGCUCUCCCCGCCCACGGCAGGAGACGUUGGGAAGUUAGGAUGAUGCUUCCACCUGACA